CAAAUAAUCUAUUCAAAGAGUGCAUUAGUUCCUAUUAUGCUUGUAAUUAUACUAUUAGUCGACAUAAAACAUAAGUGUAUGUCUCUCUGCAGAAGCUUUUACGACUGCGAGGCAGUGUCGGCAAUCCCAUGGAAAGAUUUUGGUUGGCCUGACGCGGAGGAUGGCAGACAGCAUGGGGGAAUGAUUUUAAUUCUGACGAGGUUUAGUGAGCAUUAUCUUCAUGUUUAGAAGACGAUUGUCAAAAUGGGAGAUGGAAAUGUUAUACCCAAAUUGGGUAAUAUGAAAGCAGUACUGGGGAUACUUGCUGGCGCAGGUGCCUCUUAUGGGUUAUACAAACUUGUCCGCGGUAUUGGAGGAAAUGCCGAGAAGAAAAACAGAACGAAAUCACUAGAAAGAAGCGGUCAAGAUAUCAGAGCUUCGGGAGAUGUAAUUCUCGAACCGGGGAGUUUAAUGGCCAAAGUGUCGGGAUUCGAUGUGGUUGGAGUACGCAAAAGUCCUUCUCAGGUCACCGCUGAGGCAUCAAUCUUUGCCCCUUUAAUAGCAGACAUUCUAAAGAAGUCCCCAAACUGUUUGGAGCCACGGCACAUAGGGAUGCUCCUCUCCCUUCUGCAGAGCAGUCCUACCACUUCAGAGAGGUCUCAAGUACUUGUUACACUGGGGAACAGUGCUGCUUUCACAGUGAAUCAGGAUUUCAUCCGUGAAUUUGGAGGCCUUCACAUUAUUGCGGGGUCCCUUACAGACACAUCAGCAGAUGUUCGACUACAAACUUUGAACGCAUUGAACAACCUGAGUAUGAACAUAAGAAAUCAAGAACAGCUGAAGGUGUACAUUCCUCAGAUUUUGGAGAUGAUAGAAAUGUCACCAGUCAAUUCAGAUUUGCAGCUUGCAGCCUUGAGGUUGCUGACCAAUAUGUCAGUCACAGACAAACACCAACAUCUGAUGAGGAACUCCGUCACCCUGUUCCUGUCUCUGCUAGUAGUGAGCAAUGAAAUCCUUCAGGUUCAGGUUUUAAAGGUCCUGGUGAAUUUGUCCUCAAAUCCAGAUAUGAUUGAAGACAUUGUCCAAGCACAGGCUCCAGCUUCAUUGGUUCUUCUGUUUGACUGCUGCACCAAGGUCUCUGUGCUCCUCCGUCUCUUGACGUUAAUGGGAAACCUCAGGGCCUGGAGACCCUCGGCCCAGGUUGCAGAGGCCCUGCGCUGGAAGCAGGACUCACUCUUCUGUGUGCUGCUGGACGAUUCCUCCCAGGUGCAUCAUAGACUCCCGCAGUUACUCUCUCACCCUGACGGCGAAGUCAAGGCUCAGGUGGCUAAGAUCCUCACGUAGCUUCCAAGCUGGGCCCAGUAAUGUUGUCUCUGAUGUCCCUGUCCCUAUAACAACACCACCCCUCUAAAUGCCCACUUACAUUCACUGUCCACUUGCCAUUUUGGGCCAUGUUUGUAGGCUCGUAAUGUAAGCUCAGCAAUGCCCACACAGUGUCUUCUUCUAGUUCUCUGAGCUCCCUUGGGGCUUAGGAAAAUUCCCCACUGCCAAAUCUUUUUAUAGAAAAGUGAAUGUGAAUGUCAGUUGAGACAUCAGGUGUUUCCUCCCAUGCACCCAGAAAUGACCCUCUGGCAGGAUUGUAGAGGGAAUGGAGUUCGUUAUGUGGAGGUUUUUGUGAGACUUGCAUUUCAUAUUGCCUUUGUGACACCACUGUGUCCUGCCACAGACAGUUUAUAAAAGGGAAUGUUUUCAGGUUUAGAUGCAUGCCUUAGCAUGGAGAGUGAGUUUCUGACUGACUGGAUUCUUCUCGUUUUUGUGUCUGUGUGCCAAUGUUGGUGAUGUAAAAAUGCUGCACAGCAAUUAAAGGUCUUUUUAUAGUAAUUGUCAGAAAGUAGGAUAUCUCCAGAGUUCCUGUCUUCUGAAGUUGACAGUUAAUACCAGUUCAAGCUUUGACUUUUUUUGAACUGGUUGUUUUUACCAAAAAUAACAAAACCGUUGUCUAAUGCAAACCUGCAAAAAAAAAAUUGGUUUUCUCCUCAACCCUGCUGCCUAAUUGAUCCCAAGAGUGGCAUCAGAAGUUAACCAAACUAUCUUGAAAAUGGGAGGAAGACAUUCCAGGUAGUAUGUUGUUCAGAACUACUUUUACAUUAAAAUAACAUGUCCAAAGAACAACUGCACAAUUUUUUCCAAAAGAUAAAACACCUCCUACUUGUUUAAAAUCAACACAAUGAUAUCCAUAUUUAUUGUCAUGAAAUUCUAGAGAGAAGUAUAGGGAUAUGUACCCAUCUAUAUAUGGUCUUCUUUCAUUUGCUACAAUUGGCCACUGAGACGGACUCCAAAUCUGAUAAAUCCAAUAAGAGCUGCCAUAACAUUUCAGUAGACUAGAGUAAAGACAUCUUGAUUUACACAGAUCUUUCUGUGUAAUAAAGAUAACAUAAUGAAUUGUGAAAAUAUGUUAAAUGAAUUAUUUAUUCUAAGUUAUGUGUUACUGAUCUGCACAUUUGAAUGCUUUAAUAUUUGUUAUAAUCAAAUAAACUGGUUUUACAAUA